AUGAGCCGCUACUGCUCGGACAACAACAACUUCCCCUAUGACAACAACGUCCUGGUUUUGGACAUGGUGCUGGGCUCUAUGUGGGGAGUGCCCCAGCCCAUAAACUGGGACAACGUGGCCAAGCUGGUCCCAGGAUUCACUCCCAAGGAGUGUGCCCGUCGAUUUGAGGAGCUGAAGAACACAGGGGGGUUCACUCACGUCGACAACCAAUGUAAUACUCUGACCGAGGGAGGCACCUCCCCUUCAAAUGGCCUGUCUAUCCUGAUGGACACUGGGGAGACGGUCGACUCAGGAGACAGCCAGAGCAGCAGCAAAGUUACAGGCUCUAAAUCGACACUCUCAGGAAGAGUUGGGGGGGGUGUGGAGAAGAAAGAGAAACGAGUGUCAGUAGACGAGGACGACCGACCUCAGAAGCCAAGAGAUCCCAACAUGGUCAUCCACGUGUGUGAUGAGACCAAGAACCUGAAGCAGGACUUCACGUGUCCCAGAGAUCUUCUGGUUAAAGAGAUGCGUUACUUCGCUGAGUACUUGUCUGUGGACGCCCAGAGAUGGGAGGAGGUGGACAUCUCAGUGCACUGUGACGUGCAGAUCUUCGACUGGCUCAUGAACUACGUCAGGAGGAACUCCGCAGGAGAGGGAAACAGGGACAAACCCCGGCUCGAGCCCAGCAAUGUGAUCUCAAUCCUGAUCUCCUCCGAGUUCUUGAAGAUGGAUACGUUAGUGGAUGAAUGUAUCCAGUACUGCUACAAAUACAUGAGCGCCAUCGUGGCUACACCCUGCAACAUGAACUGCAUCAACAGCAACCUGGCCACACGCAUCGCCGAGUUCUUCAGCCACAACGAGGCGGACGACAUCAGGGACAAAAAGGACAAGUUCAAGAGCAAGUUGUUCCAGAAGAAAAUUGAGCGUCUCUUCGAUCCCAGCUAUCAGAGCAGAGAUUCCCCGGGCAACGCCUCGACCCUCUACAGGUGUGGUUUGUGUGUGAAGAUGCUGACCAAAGACACAGAGAGGAAGAUUUGUUGUGUUCCAGGGAAAAUCAACGUCGAUGCUCAAGGAGAAAUCAUCUAUACCCACACAAGACAGAGGAGUUGGGACGUGCAUGAUUACAUCAGUGGACUAUAUGAGGAGCUCAAGUCCUGGGUCCUGGUUUACUGGAGAAUCUGGGGUACAAUCAAUUACCUCACCUGCUCCCGGUGCCAACAGUUGUUUGUCUGUGCAGAGCUGACCCACUGCAAGUACCACCAAGACAGUGUUCUGUACCCUGGCCCUGGUGCUGAGAAGGGCUUGCAUGGUGCAGGAAUUUAUCCCUGCUGCAACCAGAGGGUUCUCCGCUUUGACCCCACUGGAAUGCCCAAGGGCUGUAAGAUGCGAGACCACAUAGUGAACCUACCUGAUGAAGAGAGCUGUGAUGAGGUGACCUCAGCUCAGACCAGAGUCCUCAAUGACCUGCUGCUGCACAGAGACGCAGUGUGUGUGUCCAACACACCACCGGUAGAUGGUACUGAGGAGAGUCCGUCCAGUGCCGAGAAGGUUCAGGACUGUGAUGUUCUCUUGGAGCCAACACUCCUCAGACCUCUGAGAGGAGACGGCAGCACUUUUUCCCUCUUGAAAAACUGGAGUCUGCAGCUGAGGCACCAGUCUCUUCUGUCAGAGGACGAGGAGUACACCACGGGGUCAGAGGUCACUGAAGAUGAGGUGGGGGAUGAAGAGGAGCUGUCCAAGAAACAAGCUGCUAAGAAGGCAAAGAAGGCUCACAGACCUCUGAAGAAACAAAUGUCCUCUCCCAACUUCCAACGCAAAGACAAACCAGAGAAAUCACAGACGAGGGACAACACACCUUUCGUAGUGAGCGUUCAGAGAAGUAAGUGGGACAGCUCUCGCUCCAUGCGCUACAACCAGGACGCUCAGAGAGAAGAAGACCAGCGUCGCAUGGUGGAGAUCAUCGGCCACCUGACGAAGACGAGGUUUGGAGACGAGGAGCAGAGCAGAUCCAAGGAAACUAAAGAGCCGGCCGGGGGAACCUACUCCAGAUUGGAAGGGCAGUUUAAAAGUACAUCUCAAGCCAGACAGAGUUCAGAGAAGACACCCAGAUCUAAAACUCGCUACGCUCAGAUCCGGACGACGUAAAGGACCCGAUGGGAAGAAGGCCUCUGAGCUGAUGAAAAGACAGAUCAGAAGAAAGGAGGAAGAGGCGAGAUCUUCCUGUGUGGAGGAAAGUAACUUCC